GAGGGCCUGAAACGAAGACAAAUCGCAAAUACCGAUUCCCAAAUCCCAAAGCCUUAUCGACCUUCGCUCGACUUCCGAUGGCCGCCACUGCCGCCAUCUCCACCCUGUUCUUCUCCACUCGGCCCCCGGCUGCGGGGGAGGCGCGCCGGAUCCGGGGAUCCCGACGGCGUGUCCGAUGCUCCGUCGCCAGCGACCCUGCUGUCAGGGACCCCGGCGGAGAGGCGGCGGCCGGGCGGCUCUCGGUGGACUGCGUCGUGGUUGGCGGCGGGAUCAGCGGACUCUGUACGGCCCAGGCGCUGGCCACGAGGUACGCCGGGGCGGCCGCGGAGGUGCUGGUGACGGAGGCGAGGAAUCGGGUUGGGGGCAACAUCACCACCGUCGAGAGAGACGGCUACCUGUGGGAGGAGGGUCCUAACAGCUUCCAGCCCUCCGACCCGGUGCUCUGCAUGGCGGUGGAUAGUGGUUUGAAGGAUGAUCUUGUAUUUGGUGAUCCUAAUGCUCCACGAUUUGUUUUGUGGAAUGGAAAAUUGAGGCCAGUUCCAUCUAAGCCAACUGAUUUGCCUAUAUUUGACUUGAUGAGCAUUGGUGGUAAGCUUCGGGCUGGAUUUGGUGCUAUUGGCAUUCGACCUCCUCCACCAGGUCACGAGGAGUCGGUUGAAGAUUUUGUGCGCCGUAAUCUCGGAGAUGAGGUCUUUGAACGUCUGAUAGAGCCAUUCUGCUCAGGUGUCUAUGCCGGUGAUCCGGCAAAGCUUAGCAUGAAAGCAGCAUUUGGGAAGGUUUGGAAGCUAGAGCAGAAUGGAGGAAGUAUUAUUGGUGGAACUAUAAAAGCAAUUCAGGAGAGAAAUAAGAACCCGAAACCACCUAGAGAUCCGCGUCUGCCAAAGCCCAAGGGACAAACCGUUGCAUCUUUCAGGAAAGGACUUGCAAUGCUUCCUGAUGCAAUUUCUUCCAGGUUGGGUAACAAAAUCAAGUUAUCAUGGAAGCUCACUAGCAUCAGAAAGCUGGGUGAUCAAGGGUAUAUCUUAAUGUAUGAAACACCAGAAGGGUUAACAUCGGUGCAGACUAGAAGUGUUGUUCUGACAAUUCCAUCAUACAUUGCUAGCAAUCUGUUGCGUCCUCUUUCAAAUGAUGCAGCAGAUGCUCUCUCAAAGUUCUAUUAUCCACCAGUUGCAGCAGUUUCUAUUUCAUAUCCCAAGGAAGCAAUUAGAAAGGAAUGCUUGAUAGAUGGUGAGCUUAAGGGUUUUGGUCAGCUACAUCCUCGCAGUCAAGGAGUGGAGACAUUAGGAACAAUAUAUAGCUCUUCGCUUUUUCCCAACCGUGCCCCACCUGGAAGGGUAUUGCUCCUCAACUACAUCGGAGGUGCUACAAAUACAGGAAUUGUAUCCAAGACGGAGAGCGAGCUGGUCGAAGCCGUCGACUGCGACCUCAGGAAGAUGCUGAUAAAUCCAAAUGCCGACGACCCCUUCGUUCUGGGUGUGAGAGUGUGGCCACAAGCCAUUCCACAGUUCUCGAUCGGGCAUCUCGACCAUCUUGAAGCUGCGAAGGCCACCCUCAGCAGAGGCGGCUUCCAAGGACUGUUCCUAGGAGGCAACUACGUAGCAGGCGUGGCCUUAGGUCGAUGCGUCGAGGGUGCCUACGACAGUGCCUCUGAGGUCUCAGACUUCCUAACCAAGUUUGCAUACAACUGAAGGAGCAGCACCAGACCAGCUUUUGUAGUUAGGUGAGCCAUUAGUGAUUGCUCCCUGCUUCUGGUGCUUGAUUGUGACUUGAGAUGGUGAAUGCUUAGAACGAAGCCUUUGUCUCGAGGGUGCAUCGCAUUAAUGCUUCCUUUCCACAUUGUGUUAA